GCCCGGAAGGGAGGCCAGGGAGGGAUUUCUAAGAGGACCGGCCGAGGCCGGGGCGCCGCAGCCCGGGUGUAGGGCGCGCAUGGCCGGAGUUCCUCCCGUCUCGGCGGCGUCUAGGCGCCUGCAGCUAGAGUGGCGCUUCGCUUCCCUGAGGAGCUUCUUGAGGGCUACGGUGGCCCCCGUGUGGGACGGGAGGGGCGUCGGGGCGUCGCUGCCCCCUCCUCGGUCGCUCUCCUCUCUCCCCUUUCUGCUGCUAAGGGGAGCGCCGUGGCCACUGAACGCUGCCCGGAGCCGAGCGAGCAAGGACCCGACACGUGACGUUUCCCCGGCGCAGCUUUCCACCGCCCGAGUGAGGCGGGCGGGGUCGCGGGCGAGAGAGGACCAGCGCGAGGCGGAGAGGGUGGUUGGAGAACAGGAAGGGAGCGCCGCAGAGAGGUGGGAGCGUGGAAGGGGCGCCAGAGAGGUUUGUGCCCAGUAAAGACACCCAGGUAUCUAGGGUCGGUUAGGGCGGUGUCGGGGACCCUUUGGAAACCGUAGGAAAGGGCUCCUCCCGGAUGGCGGAUUUCUACCUCGCUGACUUUAUGAAGUGAGGUGAACCCUGUGUUGGGCUAGAGCCGGGAAGGGCGCAGAAGCGGGACCUCAGGGCGCUUUUACGCAGGGCGACUCUCAGUGACUGCAGAGCCUGCGCCCUGCGUCCUCCCAGGCGCAGUGUUCCGGGAUCAGUGUCUUUAAUCGGUUAUCGUCCUCAAUACACCCAAAGUCGUGGAUAUCUGAUGGCAGAAAAACAAACAUUUUGCUACAUUACUGAGCUAGGCUAGAGUGUGAAACUGCGGCGUGUUAUUUGGUGGGAGCGCCUUACGCAGCGUCGCCGCCCCCGCCACACUCCCUCCCCGCCCACCCCGGACGUGGUCAGGCGAGCGUUCCCCCAACCCGCCACGUGUGAAGUUCACCGGCUGAGACUGAUAGGGAUCCUCUGCGAACUUGAUGCUGUCUGCUUGUAGAGCGUGGAGAACUUUCAGAGGAAGUGUUAUUUCGCCUUGAGUGGAAAUUAAGACUCAGAGGGAAAGAAUAGCUCUCCAGACCCCCAGCUGGCCAUGUGGUGAGUUCAGGGCCCAAAUCAAGUAGUACAACAGCAAUUGGGGAACUCCCUCUAUCUGUUUUGAAUGGAUUCACACCAGCCCCACACCUGGAAAGAUGGUGUCACAGUCUACAGUCGGACAGGAUUCUCCUGUGGACCCCUGGGAAGGGAUCAGCGAUCACUCUGGCAUUACUGAUGGUUCGCCCAGACUCCUGAACACUGACCAUCCUCCUUGCCAAUUAGAUGUCAGGCUCAUGAGGCACAGAGCUUCCUGGAUCAGUCCAGAUGUGCAGAAACAGCUGCAGGACUUGCAACCUCAGGUGCCAGCAGUGGGGAACAGUGGGACCCACUUUGUGAUGGACGCUGCCUCUCCCUCAGGCCUUUCACCUUUGUUCCUUGGGGACUCCCUGGCAGAGACGACAUUGUCAGAGGAUACUACGGACUCCACUGGCAGCAUCUCUCCCCAUGGCUCGAGUGAAAAGAGGAGCAACUUCUUUCUGUCCUCAACAGAAGGACAAGUGGUCCCCCCAGGAUGCUCUGAUCAGGUGUCUCUGCUUAUGAGCCCUAGGAUUUUGGACACCUCCUCAUAUCCUGAGAUUGACAGUGAUCUUUUUGAGCCUUCCCACUUGACAUCUUCUGCUGAUGAAGGUGCUGUUCAAGUCAGUAGAAGAACCAUUUCUUGUAAUUCCUUCUCACCAGAGGUAUUUGUGCUGCCUGUUGAUGUAGAAAAGGAAAAUUCCCACUUUUAUGUUGCAGAUAUGAUUAUAUCAACAAUGGAGAAAAUGAAGUGUAACAUUCUGAGUCAACCAGAGAGCUGGAGUAAAGAAGCAGCCCUUGGGUUACUUGGGAGUGAUCAGCCUGACUCUGAAGUGACUUUUGAUACCAACAUAAAGCAAGAAUCUGGGUCUUCCAUUUUUUCAUACAGUGGCUAUGAAGGUUGUGCUGUGUUACAGGUCAGCCCAGUGACAGAAACAUUUACUUACCAUGAUGUGGCAAAAGAGAUUUGCAAAUGCGGCGUUGAUGAAUUUGUUAUUUUAGAGCUUGGAGAGUUUAAUGACAUCACAGAAACCUGUAGCUGUUCCUGCAGCUUCUCUAAGAGUGUCACUUAUGAGCCAGACUUCAAUUCUCCUGAACUAUUAGCCAAAGAGUUAUACCGCAUGUUCCAGAAGUGCUGGAUACUGUCAGUAGUUAAUUCUCAGCUGGCAGGUUCCCUGACUGCAGCUGGCCCAAUAGUCAUAAAUGAAGAGUGUGUCUGAAAAGACUUUGAAUCCAGUAUGAAUAUAGUACAGGAAUUUAAAUUUAAGUCUAGGAUCAGAGGGACUGAAGACUAUGCUCCUCCUAGAUUUCAAAUCAUAUUUAAUAUUCAUCUACCACUCAAGAGGGACCUUGUGGUGACAGCCCAGAAUUUUUUCUGUGCCGGCUGUGGAACUCCAGUAGAGCCUACUUAUUCAGGUGUGGAGAUGUGUGCCUUCACUUUUGUACAGUGGCCUUCCCCCCAGGGAGCUUGCUUAUCAUCUUUUAAGGAAGACACAGUCAUCAGCUGAGUAAAUGUAUGUAACAAAAAGUGACGUAGGCAAUGAAAGAGUCAAGAGUGCAAUGGGAUUUACGGCGAGAGAGCUUUGAGCUUGAAAGCUGGGAGUAAAGUGAUUGCCUACAGAAGUAGGGGUGCUCGUCAUGUGCAAAGGGCCUGUGGCAAGUAAAAGGAAUCCUGCAAGACCAGAGAGUAAGAAUAGGAGGAGAAAACAUGCCUCAGAGGUAGGUGGAGCACAGAUUAUAGGCAGCAUAGAAAUAAUUUUGGGCUUUUCCUGUUAAUUAUCUUAAAAGUUAAAGGAAGUUUUUUUUUUUUUUUAUCUUUCAGCUUUGAAAUAAUUUUUAGACUCACAGAAGAGCUGCAAAAAUAGUAGAGAGAAUUCCUGUAUACCCUUCACCCAGCUUCCUCUACAGCUACCAUCUUACAUAAUCAUAGUAUAAUUAUUAAAUCUGAGAAAUUAGCAAAGGAUGUUGUUGAGAACCUGAUGAAAUCUGAAUAAAGCCUAUUUCAGAAUCCAACUCAGAAUUCCAUGUUGAAUUUAGUUGUCAGGUUUUCUUUAGUCGCCUUCAAUUUCCACUCACUGAACAUGAGGUUUUCGCCUUUACUAGUUUAGUAUUUCCCAAAAAUAAGGAUAAUAAACACCAGAACAAUUAGAAGAAAUACUCUAUAUUAUUUACUUCCUAGUCCUUGUUGUUCUUAAGGUUUCGUUUAUGGCUAUUUUUUCCAUCCUGGUUGCAAUCAAGUUUCAUACAUUGCAUUUAGUUAUCAUUUCUCUUUAGUUAGCUUUAUUCUAGAACUGCACUAUACAGUGUGGUAGCCACUAGCCCAUGUGGCUAUUUAAAAUUAAAUUGAAAUUAAGAAUCUAGAGUUCCUCAGUCACACUACCUACAUUUCAAGUACUUAGUAGCCACAUGUAACUCAUGGCUACUAUAUUGGACAGCACAGAUAUAGAACAUUUUUAUUUUUAUGGAAAGUUAUCCUGGACAUCUCUGUUCUAGAAUAUUUCCCUUCCACCCCACCCCUGACACUGACUUUUCAUAAAAUGAGAACAAUUGUGUUUUAGAGCAGGAUUUCUCAACUUAUUUUGAAAAAGUUGUCUCUAGGUGCUAUAGCUGAUGAAGUUAGAAUGAGUGAUCGGUGUCCACUUGAGUUGAGCAUUCUUUUAGUAAUAAAGGAUUCGGUGGCCGGGUGCGGUGGCUCAAGCCUGUAGUCCCAGCACUUUGGGAGGCCGAGGCGGGUGGAUCACGAGGUCGGCAGAUCGAGACCAUCCUGGUCAACACGGUGAAACCCCGUCUCUACUAAAAACUACAAAAAAUUAGCUGGGCAUGGUGGCGUGUGCCUGUAAUCCCAGCUACUCAGGAGGCUGAGGCAGGAGAAUUGCCUGAACCCAGGGGACAGAGGUUGCGGUGAGCCGAGAUUGCGCCAUUGCACUCCAGCCUGGGUAACAAGAGCGAAACUCCGUCUCAAAAAAAAAAAUAAAAAUAAAAAUAAAAAAAAUAAAGGAUUCGGUUACAUUUUCAUUCUUUAGAACUGAUUCUCAUUCUUGUCAAUCAACUGUGAAUUUUCUGUGUUAAUUUCUAGCAGAGGUAAUAGAGGUAAUCCAAAAUCAUAGGUGUAUUAAAGUCCAGAUUGACAAGUAUACUCAACAAACCAGUCACUGAGCUGAAAAAGGGAUCAUUUCCCAGUGGGCCUUAAGGCCCACAGAAAUUCCUGUGCAAAAAUCGAGAAACAGAGACAGAAAGUGACUCACCUAAGGCUUGCCACUUGAAUGUGAGUGGCUGACUGACUGGCAGAGGGCUGGAAAUCAAAUCUAAAUCUCCUGACCUCUAAUUUCAGAGUGUGCACUGCCUCCCUGAGGCCCAAGUUUAUAGUUCAAUGGCUUAACAAGGGCUUUACUGGAUUGAAGUCAACAUUAAAAGACAUUAGAUUCCAUUGGCAGAGUCUUUGCCCCCUUGUCUCUAAUGAGAAUUUGCCCAGUUAAAAUUUUAACAUUGGGUCUAACCUGAGAAAUCUUGACUUUCAGCCUGAAACUCUUGAAAGGCUUGAUGAACUUAGGAGUUCCUGCUACAAAGCAAGAGUCAAGAACCCUCUUCAGCAAAG